AGUAACUCGUGUGUGUAUGUCUUCUAGGGAGUUGAACAGGAACCGUAUAGUGGAGGUGGAGGGUCUAACCUUCCAGGGCCUCGUCAGUCUACACAUGCUAGCUGAACACAACCGCAUAGCUGAGCUCAUGGACGGAGCUUUCUUUGGUCUCAGCUCAGUACAGAUACUGCAACUGGAUCACAACAACAUCAGUGCGGUUGAGAAGAGGUGGCUGUAUGGACUGAAGUCCCUGCAGAGAUUGUCUAUCAGCCACAACUCCAUACGAAGUAUCGAACCGGAUGCCUGGAGCUUCUGUCCGUUGCUAUGGGAACUCAAACUGGUGCACAACCAGCUGGUGGCUCUACCUACGGGCACGUUUGAGAAGCUUACGUCGCUGCUCUACUUGUACCUGGACGACAACAAACUGUCGAACAUUGCCGAGGGAGCGUUCAAGGGGCUGUCCAAGCUACAGGAACUGGAGAUGAACGGUAACGACAUCUCGUGGACGGUGGAGGACAUGCAGGGUGCGUUCCACGGUCUCGAGCGUCUCAUGCGACUCAGUCUCCGUAGCAACAAUAUCGACUCGAUCGCUCGCCUAGCGUUCGCCGGCCUGCGCUCCGCACGCAUGCUAGACCUCACAGACAACGCCAUCACCAGCAUCCCAGCAGAUCUCGCGCAGUUGUUGCAUGUCAGCGAACGCUCCUCUUGUGACUGUAACCUACGCUGGCUGCCUGACUGGCUGCGGCUGCACGACUUCCAGGACUUUGUGUGUGUGACGUGUGCGCAUCCUCAGUGGCUGCAGAGCAAGGAUGUGCUGGACAUACAGUCACCAGACUUCAUCUGCAGUGAGUGGCUAGUACUGAUCUACCUGGACGGUCAGGCGUCCAGCAUGGCUCAGGCCGUCGACGGGGAACUGGACGGAGAUGGCAAGAUGGUCAGCUACACGUCACGCCUGACUCUGACCGCUGUGGGGGACGACGCGGAGGGAUGGUACCAGUGUGUGGUCACCAACGACCACGCGUCCACCUACUCCAGCCGCGCACGCAUCAGCGUACACGUGUUUCCCACGUUCACCAAGACACCCGUAGACAUCACGGUGAAGGCAGGCAGCACGGCGCGGCUGGAGUGUGCGGCGCGAGGACAACCUUCCCCCGUCAUCGCGUGGCAGAAGGAUGGAGGAGACGACUUCCCCGCCGCGCAGCAGAGGAGGAUGCGGGUUCUCCCCGAGGACGACGUCUUCUUCAUCGUGCGCGUGAACCGCGCCGACGCGGGAACCUACAGCUGCACCGCCAACAGUUCCGCGGGACGCAUCGCUCACAACGCCACGCUCACAGUACUGGAGCCGCCAUCGUUCGUGAAGCCGAUGGAAGGGAAGAACGCUCGAGCGGGCGACACAGCCGUCAUGGAGUGUAUGACCAACGGCAGCCCCAAACCUAAGGUGGCGUGGCUGAAGGACGGGGAGCCGCUGCGGGUGACGGAGCGACAUUUCUUCACGGCGGAUGAACAGCUGCUGAUCAUUGUAGCGGCGCACGGCGAUGACGCCGGAGUCUACACGUGCGAGAUGUCAAACACUCUCGGCACCGAGCGAGGAUCGUCAACCCUGCAGGUCGUCGCAGAUCCGACGCAGCGUCCGCCACCGGUGGCAGCACUGUCUGACAGCAGUACGACGACGGGCGUCAUCAUCAUCGCGGUCGUCUGCUGCGUCGUCGGGACAUCGCUAGUCUGGGUCAUCAUCAUCUACCACACCCGCAAACGCAGCGACGAACUCAGCGCUACGAACACAGACGAGACUGCGCUGCCGAGUGGACAGUAUGAGUAUAGAGGGAGUUACAUAGAGGACCCAUCGCACCCGCUACAUAUCCAGAUCCAAUCACAAGAUGGCAGCAUCGGCAGCGCGCGUCUGCCCAACAGUGACUCAUCGCUCGACAGCCUCCACAGUGAGCCGAGUACGGAGAGCACGAACAGUGGCGCCCUCGAACAGGCGUCGCUGCAAACGUUCCAGCCGACGAAGAGAGAGAUCUAUGGCCUAGAGAGGGCGCUGGCAGAGAACAGAAUACCUCAAGGUUACAUAUCAGUGGAGAAUGUGUGUCGGUAUCCGUCAGAACCACCCGAUCACUACGGCAGCGAUUCGUCACCACUGCACUGGCACAGCGGCGGCGGCAGCAGCGGCUACAGUAGCGCCACCUUCCCACGGAAGCAGACGUCGACGAUGACGGCGUCGGAGACGGUGCGAUGGAGCACAGGCUCCCUCGACAUGAACCAACCUUAUUCCAAAGAUGUAGAUAAUGCGGACGCGUCGCCGGCCGUCGACGCGGGCGAGGCACGAACAAGCGAACGUUCCGGCGGCGCGCGGCAGCACCAUCACACGUCGUCGUCGCUGCGUGGGUCAGAGGCCGAGAUCCUGCGGUUACGCGGAUCAAUAGAACGCGAGUCGCUGCGUCCCGUUCCCGUCACCUUCGAUGUAUAGUUCAGUUCACACACACACCCCCUGAAGAAGGAGAAGAAGUUCCCAAUCCAAGUCACCUUCGAUAUAUAGUCUUCACACACACCCCCCGAAGAAGAAGAAGAGAGAGGAGGAGAAGGAGAAGAAGGAAAAGAAGUUUCCCGACAAAGAAGAAGAAUGAGAGAUCGAAGAACAGUCGAUAUUCUGUGAAGAGAGAGAGCGCGAGAAAAACGUGUCUGGUCACACAAUGAGAUGAUUUCGGUGGGGGCGGG